AUGAGAUUUUCGAGCACCCAUCCCGCCCUCGCUAAUAUAGAUUGGGAUCAGGUCCACCAGGCUCAAGCUUGGCUGAGUCGCAUCAUCUGUGGUGACACCACGCACCGCGACGAGCUCCCUAGCUAUUUCAGAAAACUCAGUCUUGACGAAGUAUCUCAAUUUGUCGAACUCAAGCGGCUUCAGGAGCUCGGUGCCAUCAAUCGGGGCCGCUGGAUCAAGAAACAGAAUUUGCUGCCUGGCGGUAUUCGGAAGCGUGGGCCUGAUUCUCGCUCUCAUAGCAAGACCUACAACCAGCCUCUCACCAUGGAUCAGUAUCAGCGUCAUUCUAUUCACCUCAUUUCAAGGCUGCUCAAUGCUCGCACCAAUGCAUCACCUUUCACCCUCGUCCUUGAUGACCUCAACCAACGCGCCAUGCCGCUCACUGGUGAGCUUGUUCGUCGUGCUCUGUCACGCAACGUCAACGUUGUCGUAAUUGCCUUUGAGUCCUCUCGCUUCCACCCCGCUGUUCAUCACAUCUCUGCCCACACCAACAUCUCCGGUGACGAGAUCCUCAAAGAGCUGAAGCACAUCAUGGGCAAAGGCCGCGAGAGCCUUGUUAUUAUCGACUCCCUCUACGACCUUCUCAACAACAAGGGCAUUGACAUGGGUGAGCUGUUCAACCUCGUCGUCCACAAGUUUGCCUCGAACCUCGUCGGCAUCUACCACCAGGACAUGAUCGCGUCGCAAGAUGCCAACACUGCAUAUGCGGCCCAGCCUCUCAAGCUGUUCGAAUACAUGGCCACCGCCAUCCUCACUUGCAAGUCCUUCGCCCACGUCCUCGCCGCCAAGGCAGCUCGUGAGCGCAGCUUGGCUGAGCCUACACACGGCCUCCUCCAAGGUGCUGAAGGUGUUGUCGAGUCCCUCGACGCCAAUGACGUCCGUGGCAUCGUCUUCGAAGCUGAGUUCCGCCGCCCAUCUGGUAGAACUGAGAGCGAGACCUACUUCUUGCGUACCGCUCGCAUAUCCGACUAUAACAACCCCACUUACGCACUGCCUCAUGGUAUCAUCAAGCAGGAAUUCGUCACACUCCUCGACAUGGUCCCAACCUACAACAACCAGAACAUUCUCGGCAAGGUCAGGGCAGCCGCUGAUGAGAUUGAGUCUACCUUCAACCUCGCUCUUACCGAGAAGCAGAAGCAAGCCCGUGAGGGAGUUGUCCUUCCUUACUUUGAUGCUCAGAAGGGUGAGGGAGGUGAGGGAGGUCGCAUCUUGUAUGACAUGGGUGAGGAGGAUGACUUUGAUGAGGAAGAGGAUGAGAUCUGA